CAAGACGCUAGACCCUGAGGGGAACAAGAACAUGCUCGGCACAAAGUUUAAAGCUUCAGCGCGGUUCUAGUAGUGGCAGAAUAGCUUUGAGUGUUUACUUUUCAUUCCGAGUGCACCAGCAUUGUACAGGACAACAAAACAGCUGGAGAAGAACCCGGAACAGGACCUGAAGGAGCAAAACACAGGCCGCAUGCUCGAGUGAGAAAAGCAGGGCUUCAUCUACGGAAAAUAGAAAAAGAAGUCUACGCAAGAUUUCGUCAGGAACUUCUCUCCGGCACCUCUUCUGUCUGAACGUAGCUGACCCUCUAACAAACGCACUCUGCAUUAAAGAAGAGAUUCUUGUGACUUCGAGUCAUCACGUCCGAGGCCCUUUGGAAUCACAACUCCAAGACAUGCAGUUCUCUCUGGAAUUCCGCGAUCAGCCCGUGAGAGUGAAAUCGGAGCCACCUGAUGUUGCAAGCCUGCCACAACAGGGCCCGGUACAUCAACAGCAGCGUGGUGAGCAUCCUUCAGGAGGUGAUACUUAUGGAGUUACAGCUGGGAUGUGUCGCAUUAAAGAAGAACCUCUAGAGGAAUCUCCGAAGGAACAUCGGAUUACGGAAGUGAAAACUGAGCCUUACAACGUUGCAAUUUUGACAGAACAGGACCAUAAGGGAAAGAACUGUGAUUUAACAUCCGAAGACAUGACAGCUGAGAUGUGUCAGAUUAAGGAAGAACCACGAGAGGAAUCUUCAAACGAAGAUACAGUCAUCGAAGUCAAGACAGAGCCGUACAAUAUUUCAAUCUCAGCUGGACACGGCCAAAUAGGACACAACUGUGAUUCCCCAUCAGAAGGAGCAGUAGUUGGGAUGUGUUACAUUAAAAAGGAACCUCAAGAGGAUUCUUCAAAUGAACAUCCAAUCGUACAAGUUAAAACAGAGCCUUACAAUGUUGCACUCUCGGCAGAGAAGGACCAGAUGGGACACAGCUCUGACUCAACAUCAGAGGGUUCAAGAGAGAGCACGCAUCUGCAGCAGCAUAACACAGACACCAGUGAGAAGCCAUACAAGUGCCAUCUCUGUCCUGCAGAGUACAGCCGUAGCAACUCCCUGAGGCGUCACAAGGAGACACACGUGGGCAAGAAGUCACAUAAGUGUGAUAUAUGUCCUGCAGAGUUUAGUCGUAGUAACAGUCUACUGGUUCACAAGCGGACACACACUGGGGAGAAGCCAUACAAGUGCGAUGUCUGCCACGCAGAGUUCACCCGCAAUGGGCACCUAAAGCAGCACCAGCGGAGACACACGGGUGAGAAGCCAUACAAGUGUGAUGUCUGCCCUGCAGAGUACAGGUGGAGCAAAAAUCUGCGGGAUCACAAGCGGACGCACACGGACGAGAAGCCAUUCAAAUGCGAUGUCUGCCCCGCGGAGUUCAACUGGAGCAUGCUUCUACAGGAUCACAAGCGGACACACACUGGGGAGAAGCCAUACAAGUGUGAUAUCUGUUCUGCAGAGUUCAGACGGAGUGGGCUUCUGUGGAGCCACAAACUGUCACACACUGGCGCGAAGCCAUUCAAAUGCGAUGUCUGCCCCGCAAAGUUCAACCGGCGCGGAGGUCUACAGGAGCACAAGCGGACACACACUGGGGAGAAGCCGUACAAGUGUGAUGUCUGCCCUGCGGCGUUCAGCCGCAGCGGACUUCUGCGGGACCACAAAUGGGCACACACGGGCGAGAAGCCUUUCAAAUGCGAUAUCUGUCCUGCAGAGUUCAGCCGGAGCAGAGCUCUAUGGGAUCACAAGUGGGUACACGCAGGUGCAAAGUCAUUCAAGUGCGAUAUGUGUCCUGCAGCAUUCAAUCGGAAUAUGCGUCUACUGGUUCACAAGCGGACACACUCUGGGGAGAAACCAUACAAGUGUGAUGUCUGCCCUGCGAAGUUCAGGCAUGUCCAGCAUCUACAGGUUCACAAGCGGACACACACGGGAGAGAAGCCAUACAAGUGCGAUCUUUGUCCUGCAGAGUUCAUUCGGAAUGAUCGGCUGCAAUAUCACAAACAGACACAUACAGGUGAGAAGCCAUACAAGUGCGAUCAUUGUCCUGCAGAGUUCAGGCGGAGUGAUCUGCUGCAGAAUCACAGGCGGACACAUACGGGUGAGAAGCCAUACAAGUGCGAUCAUUGUCCUGCAGAGUUCAGGCGUAGUGAUCAGCUGCAGCGUCACAAGUUGACGCACAUGGGCGAGAAGCCAUUCAAGUGCGACGUCUGCCCUGCGGAGUUCAGCCAGCGGAGGUCCUUACAGUGUCACAAGCGGACACACCUGGGGGAGAAGCCAUCCAAGUAGAAAUGCCUGCGCUGCUGAGCUCAACCAUGGUGGGCACCUACAGUGUGAUAAGCGAGCCAACAUGGAUGAGAAGCUGUACGAGCACGAUGUCUGCCCUGCAGAGUUGAGCUCUUGCUGAACCUGCAGCAUCGCAAGCAGACACACAUGGGCAAGCAGUCAGAAACGUGUGGCCUCUGUCGUGCAGUGUUCACACACAGCACGAACUUGAGGUGUCACACCAGUGCCACCUCCAUCUAGCAGAAUUCAGACACAGCAUGGACCGAGCAGCUAUACGGAAACAUUGUCUGUUCUGCAAAUUUGAGGCAGAGCACACAACCUGCAACUUUACAAGCGCGCGUUCAUGGGGCAUAAAGCCAUACAAAUUCGAGGUGUGCGCAUAUUGGACAUUUCAGCUACAAAUCGAAUAUGUGCUCUAUAUUUCAUUCGAAUUCCAUUGGAAAACUUUAUAUUAGAAAAUUUUCUAUUCAAAAUUUUCGGAUAUCUAUAAAAGCUUGACCAUUCGAUUUUCUUCAAAUAUCAUAUCGCAUUAUAAAGAUGUUGCGAUCUGCGCUCUCGAAUUUGUACGGUGUGGUAAGGGCAACAAACACGUAUAGUAAAACAGCUGCAAAGCGACGCGCGAGUAACGGGUCCGAGGUAUCCUCACCUGCAAAUGUGUCACUGCACGUUCGUUAACUCAAACUGAAGCUAGUGCACAUGUUGUGUCGUUGUGUGCAGCCGCCAUUUUAAAGUCUGCCCUAGUGAAAUCACGUUAUGCUUUAUGUGUCUUCAGCACGGUUGCGGAUUUGUGGGUUGCCAAUGAACUCUGAGCAUUCGUAUGAGGCCUACAGUGUGGUAAAGUACCGGUUAAGUAUCGAAAUUUUGUUGGUGCAGAGCUGAACACUCCUGUUCACAGUGCCACUUCAUGCACAGCCAACACGAGCAUCUCGAACACACGCGCAGAUUUUUGGUAUCAAAUGAAAGAAGCGCGAACGUCGUGGAAGCAGUCACGCGCGAUGAUCACAGCCUUAGGGCCAGUUCUCACUUGGCAACGCCCGGCGCGACGUCGUGAGCGGGCGGCGGAAGUAGAGGCGCAUUGCUGCUGCCCCGUCAGCACGCACGAUUUUCAUGUUCCCAGCACAGUGGCAUUCUGUCGUCCACACCAGACGACAAAUCAGGAGGCGUGGCCUUUCUGUCACCUAAUUGGUCGCCAGCUGUCGUUCUCGGCAGCUCUCGCUGACGUCGUGAAAGAAUUUCGGCAGGGCAGUUUUUUUGGCUCAACGUCUCUCCUCGCUGACUCCGGCUGUGCGUCUGUUUCCGCCGCCCGCUCGAGAGCACGACGCUGCGUCGGGCGUCGCCAAGUGAGAACUGGCCCUUACAACAUCGUUGAGGAUCGCGGUUUUGCUGUGUUUACGAAUGAGCCUGCUCCAAACUAUGCAUUACUGUCAGGCACGCAUGACGUCACACGUGAGAGAACAGCGACGACAAAUGCGGAAGGCAUUAUGAGUGUAAGAAGACCGAGCACUUGCCACCUCCAUUUUCCUUCAGUGAUAUGUGCGUCACUAAACCAUCCCAUGUCCAGAACGUGUCCUUUAUUAACCUUUAUUACAUGCGUUCUGUCUGUUUCACCGUCGCAUGCAGUGCCAACAGCACGGGGGUUCAAUGUUCACGAGAGACUCGUCAAAUGGAAUCUGCUUUUUAGGUUUCCAGCUUGCCUCAUGAGAACAGCACAUCGUUUUAUUGAAAAAAAAAAAAAAAAAAGGACAGUUACGACUCGUGUAAUGCCAAACUCAGCGUCAGCUGUGCAUGUGGUGAAAUGAGGUCGGAUGAAAGUAGUGUCUAGAUAAAAUUUACUUAAAGUACAGUUCAGAUUUUUCUCUUCAUGUGACAAGGAAGAUUUGAUUGGCUUCGAAAUGGGAGAGGACGAUCAGUGACGAAACCAAGAUAUAACAAGAAAAUUAGCCUGCUGUUCCACCCUGCCUUCGGUCUUGCGUCCGCGCUUAUCAUCGUCUUCUAAUCUAUCGCAGAAUGAUAGAGCAGAGUCUUGUCCCCGUCUGGAAAGAUAGAAAUGUGGAAAGGAUUGAAAGUACGGUAUUUCAAUUCAGGAAAGGUGAGAAGGAGUGACACUGAUGAGACUCUUGAGCAAGAAAUAAAUGUAUUGUAAGGGGAUCUCAUUUACAGUGUGCAUUCCCUAUACUGGCUAUAAUAAUGAAGCUCCUGAGGACGCUAAUCCCAACAGGUACGCUCUUUCUCAUGGAUUUCUGUUACCUCUUUCGGGCCAUAAAGUAUGACAAGUCGA